AUGCCGCUUCACCUCUACUCACUUCCAAACGAAGUCUUUGUCCAAAUUCUCACCCCAUUUCCCACCCGCGAACUCCUUCCAUUGGCAACAGUCUCACAUCGCUUCCACGCUCUAGUCCUCCGUAUCCUCCAUUACCGGUUACUGGUAGCGGCAUCGCUGAAAGAAUACAAGCUUAUCCUCGAGUGUUUUCACCCCGUCUCUAAACUCACCGAGCCGCACGUUUUCUGCAACUAUCUCGGCACUAAUGGCCUGAGUGAUAAACACGAGGGCGAAGGCUCGCUAUAUGAGAAUGUUGAGACGGCGCAAAAGCUGGGGAGACUCACGUCGCUGUAUUCCCGAUUCCGACCUGAGAUCACAGUGGAGGAAAAAAUGGAUGGGUCUCAAUUAGUCCCGUCUGAUAGUGGUCUCGAUCCUGACGAUCUUACCGUCAAACGAGCAGUGCACAUCGAAGAUGCGGAGGAUUUCUCACAGCUAUGUGUUGUGGUCAGUCUGGUCAAGGUCGUGCCGGGAUCCAACCGCCUGCUGAGUGCCAAUACCAUGGAGGAUGGUGUGAUCCGGCUGUUCAGACGUUGGUUGAGAGAACAGGCCCAAAAGCAAGAUUCUGGCAUUCUGUGGGUGGAUCAAGGCGAGAAUGUCGGACUGAAGAUGCGCGUGAGGGAGAAGAGGCGACCGGGACAGGCUGCCCCGGUUCUCCUUCAUCGCGAUGAGGCCCCGGUCAGUUAUGAUGUCGAUAUUGAGGAAUUGCAUAUCCGUACCACUCGUGUCCUGUUGACACUAGAACAAGCGUUGCAAGAGCAGCAGAAUUAUAGACAGGCCGUCGUGUUUACGCAAAGCCUUAGCUUAGGCUAG